AUGUCCAAUAGCAAUGGAGAUUGGAGUCGAGCGAAGAGAAAACGAAAAACGAUUGAAAUCCAAUAUUCUCCCGGGAAUUCGACAUUAAAAGUGACAAAAGUGACUGGAAAACACUUGGAAUCAAUGGGGAAUCCGGUGAAAAAUGGUUAUGAGCUGUUUCCGGAAGAAGCGGUUUAUUUAGUUGAGACAGGCUCCGGCACGAUUCUCACACCAUCCGGCGCCGAGAUGAGCCUUCUGGAGUCCUAUUCGAUUCUGGAAUCGAAUUCCAUCUCAAUGAGUAAAUAUGAGAUUUAUAAACAAGUCAAAUUGACAGGAUUAGUCGUUUUGAGACCGAGAAAAUCAACAACCGAUUUUGAAAAAGCUCGCCACGUGGAACAGGAGAUAAAACAGAAAUUCGCAGAGAAGACGUUCGAUUUGCUGGUCCAUAUGAAUACGGUACCCCAGGACCGGAUUCCGAAUGCAAACUCAUUUCCGAGUUUUGUGAAAAAAAAUAAUGGGGAUGUUUCGAUGAGAAUGAGAGGUUUCUAUUUUUUGAAAUUUUACAAACAUUUCAAAUUUCCCGCCUCUUUUCCAGCCCCUCACCCACCGCCCGAAACCGUGCCGCCCAUCGUAUCAGCCGCUGGCGAAUCGCCACGUGGCAAAUUGGACCGAAUUUCGGUUUCAGGAAGAGAAAACGAGACAGGCGAUGGUUUUGAAACGAUUUCGAAAGCUCCGCCCACCGCCGAAGGACCAGAUCCGUCGGGAGAGGAUUACUGUAGAGAAUGUGGAUUUUCAUGUUUUUUCGCCGGCUUCGUUUUCGCAUCGACUGCCUGCGAGACCCUUAUUUUCAUUGAUUUGUUAUCAAGUCACUGGAGCUCCACUGAAAAUUUCGGAACUUUCCCAACUUCGAAAUGUGGUCUUUGGAAUGGAGGAGGCUGGAAAAGUGAACUACGUGGCCAUGAGUGGAGCACCAAUUGA